AAUCUGGUCCUUAAUAAUUUACUCUUUUUCUUCAGCAAAUCAACGAACACUUUGAGAGCAACUAUGUCUUCCGCUGCUUCUAGGGUUUUCAACGGUUGCCGGGCUCUCUUGGCUCCGGCUAAGGCCUCUUCUUCAACCUCUGCCGCCACCAAAACUAAACCAACCACCACCAAAAAACCCAGAGCCAAAUCUCCACCCAAGCCCAAAGCUCCAGGCUCUGGUCGACCCGUUGGAAUUCUUAAGGCGGGUCCUAUCUCCCCUGCCCUUGCUCACUUUCUCGGAGCCUCUGAAUCCUCCCGCGCCGACGCCGUUCGCAAGAUCUGGUCCCACAUCAAGACUCACAACCUCCAGAAUCCUCAGAACAAGCGGGAAAUCGUCUGUGAUGCCAAGCUUAAGGCCAUUUUUGAUGGUAAAGAUACAGUUGGAUUCCUGGAGAUUGGGAAACUGUUGUCCCCUCAUUUUGUGAAGACUGCUUGACUGCUGUUCUGAUAUCAGAUGUAGGUGUUUGGCUUUAAAUUGCUGCCCAACUCUUAUGAGCUUGCUCUUGUGUCCUUUCUUUUCUGGAAGUUGUAAUAUUGAUGCAUACUUUUGUGUGACAGCAGAACUCUUGGGUUGGGUUUGUGGCUUAGUUGUUUAGGUGGACAUGUUGUAAAAAUUAUUAAUGAAGAGUCUUUAAGGUAUCGUGGCCUCGAAGAUAGUAGAUAGUGUCAUUUCUUUUUCAA